AUGAAAGGGACUGCGGCUGUGAUUCUCACUGGUUUUGGAUUAUUUCUGCUCCAACAUUGGGCUACAUCACAGUUCCUGGAACCAGACUGCGGACUUACGGGCAUUGCCAAUAAAAUAACUUACGGCCAGGAUGCAGUACACGGAAGCAAUCCUUGGAUGGCAUACAUUUACAGAACUAUCAAUCAAAGUGUAACAGAGUUUGUAUGUGGAGGAACGCUUAUCCAUAAACAAUUGGUUUUGACCGCUGCCCACUGCAUUCUAAAAGACGAAAUCCUGGCAGUGCGUCUGGGUGCUUACUAUUCGCAGAGCAAUACCAGCACAUCCAUGGAUUACGCUGUGAAUAAGGCGUUCCGGAAUAAACUUUUUAACAGAACGGAACAGCACCACGAUAUCGGGAUAUUGAGGGUGGAACCGGAUGUGCAAUUCACUGCUUAUAUCAGACCUAUCUGCAUCUUCACGGAUCCCACAAAAAUGCCCAAUGUGAGAACUUUCAGGGCUGCAGGUUGGGGAAAAACUGAGAACGAGAAAAUAGCAAGGGUGCUGCAAAUAUUGGAGGUGAACGAACUGGAGCCAUCCGAGUGCUAUGACGCGUUGUGGACGAGGAUAAUCGAUGGCCAGAUCUGUGCUGGUCAUCGCAUCGGUGACACCUGCCUGGGAGAUUCCGGAGGUCCUCUGGUCCACCCAGUCCACAUUGGUGGUCAGGUGCGGUACAUUCAGCUUGGAAUCGUCAGUUUUGGAAGCGCGGAAUGCCGCAGUCCAGGUGUCUACACGCGGGUAUCCAAAUACAUUGACUGGAUCCUGAAAGUCGUUGAUAAUUACACGAUACGAAUGAUCGAAUUUCGAAGAGCCCCUGACAUCACUAAGAAUUAA